UGCUAGUCUGGAGUCGGAAACGCUUCUGGCAUGCAGAAAGGCGGAUCCCCUUUCCCACUUUGUCUUUCUGAACUUCCAUAGAACCAGUUUUUACUUGUAAAUUUAUGCCGCGUUGCCACACCUAAAAGGAGAAAAAGAGUUGUUGAGCCUUUUUCCUAAACGUUUCUCGAUUCAGUCGGUCUUUUCGGUUGCGAGAAGGAGAUUUUACUCAGGCUUAGCUCGCUAACUUUGAACGCUCUGGUGUAACUUGACAACAGCAGGAAACAAGCAAGAAUAUGGAAGAUAAAGAAUUAAUAUGGGCAUUGAAGACCGGGGAUUUGGACGAGAUUAAACCCAAACUGACACGGCCUGAAGAUGUAAAUCGGACCCUGGACAGUGGAAGAAAGCCCCUUCACUUCGCUGCAGACUUUGGUCAUCUGGAAGUGGUGGAGUACCUCAUUUCUAAGGGAGCAGAUGUCAAUGCUCCAGACAAGCACGGGCUCACUCCACUGAUCUGUGCCUGUUAUGAGAAUCACAGCCAAUGUGUCAAGAUGCUGUUAGAAAAGGGAGCUGACAAAAACACAAAAGGACCGGACGGCAAAACUCCCUUAGAAGCUGCUGAGAGUGACGCCAUCAAAGCUCUGCUUAAGUGAGAGACCACAGUAUCGGAGGUGGCUGGACAGGUGGAUGAACAGGCAUACAGAUGGAUGCAGUGGUCCCCCGACAGAAGAUGGACUCACCCCCUUUGCCCUCAUCAACCUCUCUGUCUUAACACUGCGUAGGUCUGUUUGUUGGAGGGUCAUUUAGUCUUUCUGGUGAUUUUCUGUUGGUUUGUUUUUCUUUUUCUUUUUUCCCCCCAAGUAUUUGGGAAAGUAUGUUUUCUUCUUUUGACCUCUGCUAGCCAAAGGACACAUUAGGUCUCCCUUAGGGACCAAAUACUGGGGGAGUCGGUAGAACCUGGUUCCUAUAACACUGUUCAGACUAGAAAUCAGACUCUAACUUAAUCGCAGGUUUGGCGUUUUAAACACACACCUUAAAUUUCAUCUAUUAUAAAGUGUUACAAAUUUAAUCAGUACUAGAUUAAUAGUGUGUUAAUAUUUAUUAAAUUUUAGUACAAGUACUGUAAGGCCGGGGCUCAGUCUCAUGAGCUGUAAUAGCACUCCGCUGAACUAGAUGCAUUCACCAAUAAUGUUUCUUUAUACAAACAAUCAGGCUUUUUUUAAACAGUUCCUGAAAUCCUAUUCAUCCUUUCAGAUGUUGUGUUUAUAACGAUGAGGUCAGAUCCUUCCCUCUCUUUGAACCGUCGGCCUAGCAUCACUCAUAUCAAUUAAUGACACGUUCUACAUUAUUCAUAGAUUUAAGAGCUUGUGUAUUCUUUGACCAAUCACCAUGCUGGUUAACUAGAGAGACUUGAAUGUUGCAGUUUUAAAAUGUUCAAUCUAUUUUAAAAUAUUGCUAGUAGCACAUAAUAGAACUAGACCUUGUAGAAACGUUUCUUCAUCCAGUUUUCUGAGCAACAAAGUAUUUUUUUCUGUUGCAGCGUCCUUUUCAGAUUAGCUAGUGAUUGGCUCAAGGAGCUAUGAAUUUUGGGUAAACGGGGGUUUGAGUUGAUAGUUGAUCACGAGGGUUGUUUAUCUCUCCUUGCCUUGGAUUUUGUUCGAAUUCCUGCCUUUUUUGCUGCAUGUCGAACUGCCUCUGCUUUUAUGCGCUGAAACAGUUACUGUACUCUCAGUUGCUUUUGAAUCACUAAGAUGUAACGGACAAAAAGAUGCUUUCUGAAUUUGUUGUGACAAAAGUCUGUAAAAACAAUUAAAAACAUAAAACGUU